AGAACGAUCACAAGGCCCUGAUGAAGCAGGUGGAGGAAGCUCUUCACCAACUGCACGCCCGGGAGAAGGAGAAGCAGGCCAAGGAUGAGGCAGAGGCGUUGGCCAAGGCAGCGAGCCAGAACCAGAGGCUGCCACAGGCGUUUGCCAAAGUGAACGCGGUGACUCCGGGAUCCCCUGCGAGCACCUCGGGGCUUCAGGUUGAUGAUGAGAUUGUGGAGUUUGGUUCCGUCAACGUGAACAACUUCCAGACCCUGCAGAACAUCGCCACAGUGGUGCAGCACAGCGAAGGGAGACCCCUGAGCGUGACUGUGAUCCGCAGCGGCAAAAAAGUGCACGUGGGGCUGACUCCAAAGCGCUGGGCCGGGAAGGGGCUCCUGGGCUGCAAUAUCAUUCCCUUGCAAAGAUGACCAUUGCUUGGAAAACAAUAAAGCUGAAACUUGUGCCUGCAUUCUGGACUCUGAUCUGGUUUGAAAUCUUCCCUACGUGUUCUUGCUGAAACAAACCUUCUGGAGGCUGUGACCUCUGGGUGUCUG